GAGGCAGCUCGUCGCCGCGAGCGCUUCCGGGAAGUUAGCGCGUCGUGGGUAGCUUCCCUCAGCUUGCGGGAGCGCGGGCUCGAAAGCCGGACCCUGGCGGGCUCGCCAUGGACCGCGACUUGCUGCGGCAGUCGCUGGGCUGUCACGGCCCGGCGCUGCUGUCGCUGCUGCGGAGUGAGCAGCAAGACAACCCGCACUUCCGGAGCCUGCUGGGCACGACGGCCGAGCCAGCCCGCGGCGCGGCGCCGCCUCCCGGAGCCGGCAGGAAAGAGAAGAGAGUUGACAACAUUGAAAUACAAAAAUUCAUCUCUAAAAAGGCGGAUCUGCUUUUUGCCCUGUCUUGGAAACCAGACGCAUCUGUACCCUCUGAAGUACACGACGACAAUGACAAUCAUUAUGCAGUCAUGCCACCUUUAGAGCAAUUCAUGGAGAUCCCAAGCAUGGACCGGAGAGAGCUGUUCUUCCGAGAUAUUGAACGUGGUGACAUCGUGAUUGGAAGAAUUAGCUCGAUUCGGGAAUUUGGUUUUUUCAUGGUGUUGAUCUGUUUGGGAAGUGGCAUCAUGAGAGAUAUAUCUCACUUAGAAAUCACAGCUCUUUGUCCCUUAAGAGAUGUGCCUUCUCACAGUAACCAUGGAGAUCCUUUAUCAUAUUACCAAACUGGUGACAUAAUUCGAGCUGGCAUCAAGGAUAUUGACAGAUACCAUGAAAAGCUUGCAGUAUCUCUAUAUAGCUCAUCUCUUCCACCACACCUGUCCGGCAUUAAACUAGGUGUGAUUACGUCUGAAGAGCUUCCUUUGUACUACAGGAGGAGUGUUGAACUAAAUAGUAAUUCUUUGGAGUCCUAUGAAAAUAUCAUGCAGAGUUCUCUGGGAUUUGUUAAUCCAGGAGUAGUUGAAUUCCUUCUAGAGAAACUAGGAAUAGAUGAAUCUCAUCCACCAUCUUUAAUGAGAGGCCUACAAAGCAAAAAUUUCUCUGAAGAUGAUUUUGCUUCAGCAUUAAGAAAGAAGCAAUCAGCAUCUUGGGCUUUAAAAUGUGUGAAGAUUGGAGUUGAUUAUUUUAAGGUGGGGCGACAUGUGGAUGCCAUGAAUGAAUACAAUAAAGCUCUGGAAAUCGACAAGCAAAACGUGGAAGCUCUGGUAGCUCGUGGAGCAUUAUAUGCAACAAAAGGAAGUCUAAACAAAGCAAUAGAAGAUUUCGAGCUCGCAUUAGAAAACUGCCCGACUCACAGGAAUGCGAGAAAAUAUCUCUGCCAGACACUCGUAGAAAGGGGAGGGCAGUUGGAAGAAGAAGAAAAGUUUUUAAAUGCUGAAAGUUACUAUAAGAAAGCUCUGGCUUUGGAUGAGACUUUUAAAGAUGCAGAGGAUGCUUUGCAGAAACUUCAUAAAUAUAUGCAGAGAAAAACAAGCUGAAAAGGAAGAAAAGCAGAAAACAAAGAAAAUAGAAACAAGUGCAGAAAAGUUGCGUAAGCUCUUAAAAGAGGAGAAAAGGUAAACUAUAAUAUUCACUAGUUUUUUAACUUUAAAAGCAACAGAGUUGAACCCCAAGUGCCAUAUGGAGGUAAAGUAAGUAACAAAGUGUCCCAAGUGAUAAUUCUUAGCAAACAUAGGGCCACACGGUAAGAAACUCAGCAAAGGAGCUCUAAGGCUAGAAUUCUUUUUAAACAUUAUAUUAAAAUAUAGAAUAAGUUACUUUAACUCUUUCUGGGAUAGGCUUUUAGAAGAGGUUCUUAGAUACUGGUGGUUUUGUUCUGUAGUUACUGUAAGUCGUGGGAAAGUACUAGCAUGUAGUGUAUAGAGGACAUAGGAUCCUUUGUAUCAACAUGAUGCGGUGUAUAGGACAGUCUACUCUUACCUUCACUAAAGAACUGUUUGGCCCCAGAAUGUUAAUAAUGCCAAGGUGGGGGGAGGGAAGGCACAUGAAGAAACGAGGAUUAGGUAGAUAGAAAACUCAGGCUGCUUCUUGCAUGUUCAGGUAGGCAUGAACAAUGCUGGAAAGGUUACUGCAUCUCAGAAGUCCUGGAUUUGCUUAUAGUGACACCUUUCUUCGGAGGUGCUCUCAAAAGCCAUGCUUCAUAGUAAAACUUGGUGAAAUGAUUGAGACUGUUAUUAUGUCUGAAUGAUAACUUAUUUAGAACAUCUUCAAGUGACACAAAAAUAGGUUAAAAUCUUGAGGAAUAUUUGACUAAUGUUUUUGUACUUAACAUGUCUGAUGAGCCAACUAAUUUUUUUAAGGCUAAAGAAGAAAAGAAGAAAAUCAUCAUCUUCCUCUUCAAGUGUUUCUUCAGCCGAUGAAUCCAUUUCUUCUUCCUCAUCUUCUUCCUCUUCUAGCCACAAACGGCAUAAGAAAAGUAAGAGGAAUCGUUCAGAGUCUUCUCGAAGUUCAAAGAGGCACUGGUCUAAGACAUCUUCAGGCUACACAGAUCAAAGUAGGAAAGAUGAUUGCUAUCCAGUUCCAACUAAUACCUCAGCAUCUUUCCUUAAUCAAAAGCAAGAAGUGGAGAAACUUCUGGAAAAGCAGGAUAGGUUACAGUGUCCAAAUGCACAGGUGAAAGAGAAAGAGAAAGGCCUUCUCACAUCUUCAGUUGAAGUACCAGAUGAUUUGGGAGGUAGGUCAGAUUUGUACAAUAGCUACAAAACCCAGGCAGGUAGUAGCAAAACUGAAAAGCCAUAUAAAUCAGAAAAACAUUUCUCCAGUAGGAGAAAUUCCUCAGAUUGCUUCUCUAGAAAUUCAGAGGACAAGAUGAAAGCAUCUAGUUACCGAAGAUUUGAAAAGGACACAGAGGGAAGAAAAGAUCACUCUAGGAGGUGGGAGCCAAGUUCUGGGAAGUACUCUACUUCACCAGCAAGUUCAGACUAUGCUUGGAAGUCACUUGAAAAACAAAAAAAAUGCAUGUACUCUGGAUCACGGGAUGUCAGUAAACAUGAGCAAAGACACCAGUUAAAUACAAAUGAGGGAGAGCGUGCACAUGAUAAGGAGGACGGCUGUGGGGAGGGUAACAAAGCUGAGGCUCCAGAAGACAUACUAAAUAACAAAGAGCAGCCAGAAAGUAGAGUUAAGAAAAAUUUACCUCAGAAUUUACUCAAUAUAUUUAAUCAGAUAGCUGAAUUUGAGAAAGAAAAAGGAAAUAAGCCCAAAAAAUGAUCUGCUAAGGAAAUUUUCACUAGUUUUCAGAAGUUUGGAGAUCCUUUAGCCCUAACAAAUAGUUCUAAGUCUAAACUUACUUGUUGCAGAUCACAAAAGGCUGUCUUAAGUUAUCAGCCCCUUGUCAGUCAGUGUUGUGGGUAUGUAUGGAUACAGCUUUUAACUGACAAUUCAGACUUUCUCACCUGAAGCUAUUUUCUGAGCACUUUGUUUCUUCACGGUACUGUGGUUUAUGAGAAUUCUUCGGUCCGUCUUACUUCACUGUUAGAGGAAAAUAUGUUUGCAUUGAGCAGUUGGAUCGUUUUAUCAAAACCUUUUCUGUUUUUUGUUAAAGUCCUUAGCCUUUGGGGGUGGGGAAGAAUUUAUGGUUGAAUGUUUUGUAGGUAUUAUUUUCAAUCAUUUGUUUUCAGUAUUAAAAUUUUUACACCAUUUCAUUUUUUAAGUGAUAAAUUAUGACUUGACUUAAUGUCCAAGGCUUGAUGUAAAUGGUUUUUGAAUACUAUUUUCUUCGCAGCUUAACAAAAUACCAUAAGAAUAAGACCAUGAAAGUUGGUUAGUCAGAGCCUGUUUUCUUUCUCCAAUAUUAUUUUUACUUAAUGGUUAUCGUCAUAAGAAAAUCUUUAAUUUUAAACAUUGGCCUGACCCUUUGAGAAUUCUGUAUCAAACUAGAUAAUAGAAAAUAACUAUUAGUAAAAAUUGCAGCUGAGAAGAACCAUGUUAAUCUGGUUUUCUGCUGUCACAUUGCAAAGCUUGGAAAGCUAGUAGGCAUGUUUCUGAACAUCAAAUCAGUCAGGGCUGAUUUGCAGCUUUGGUUUUCUUCUUCUCUAUCAUUUUCCUCCUUUAUUGAUGCCCCUCACUGAAUCCUAGUCAAUAACCCAGAGUAAAUCCUAGGCCUCUGAGGUGGCUCAGUGGGUAAAAAUACCAACCAUGCCUGAUAACCUGAGUCCAAUCCCAAGUCCCCAUGGUAUAGGGAGAGAACUCCCCUUGACAGCCACACACCCAAACACAGUAGUACCAUGUGUGGACCUAUGCACAUAAACAGCUAAAGAGGAAAUCAUCUUUGGCUUUCAGAGAAUCUCUGAAUUACUAGAAAUUGAAUAGUAGACUCUUGGCAAUAUUAGUAAGUAUCAUUAGCUAUUGCAUUUCUGAUGCUCUUAAAUUACGAUUCUAGAAAGUAUAAAUAGCAGUAAGCUUUAAAUCUCUUAUUGGUCAUUAGAUGGAAUCCACCCUCAGACAUGCAUGAGGGAGUGGCAGAAUUAGAGGAGACUCAUUGCAUGUUUGUUUCUACCAGUAAAAUACUAAAGCUUUAAGACUGAUACAUAGUAUUUGUACCAAAUUAUAGUGAUGGAAAACUACUGCAAAAUGUAAAAUUUAUUUUACAGUACAGAAAAGAAACCUUAAGAACAAUAAAUAAUGGCGGCAGAAAUUUCAUAAUCACUUCAACAUUUGUUAUUUCACCAAGGAACUAUUAUUAGUCGUAGUAGUAUUAUUACAUGGGCUGGGGCGAAGGUGAUGAGCAUGUGUGCCACAUACGUGGACACUGGAGGAUAACUUGAAGGAAUCUCUUUUUCUGCCUAUGGGUCCUAGGAAUGAAACUUGGCUCAUUGGGCUUGACAGCAAGUACCUUUAUCCAUUGAGCCAUUUUGCUAUCCCAGCACCAAGGAACUCUUUAAGAGUAUUCUAUAUAUUAAUAUUUAAUAUAUUAAUAUUUCCAGUAUUAAAUAUAUUAAUACUUCCAGACUUAUUCCUAUAUAGCUAGGGUUUGUUGUUAAAAGAUGAAGAGCACCUCUCUGCCUUGAUCUUUGAGAAUCCCUAGUACACCUCACAGUCUUACACAUAUCACCUUCCUUAACCCUAGGAUAGUGCCUUUGAAAACUACAUCUUUCCUAGGAAUACUAAGAUAAGCAGACUACACGAAGCAUCCAGUUCCUUAGAAUAUUUAAGGAGUUGCCACAGAAAAAUAUUGGGGAUUUAAAGUUGAUUCUCAGUUCUGUCUUCAGGUGUUUCUUUCACAUUAAUAUGUCUGUAGUUUGUAUGUUCCCUAGACAGCUUUGUCUUAAUUUCCAUGAGGAGAACUGUGACUUCUGGAUGUUAAGAUACUCCAGAUCUGCACACAGGGUUCAUCUUCAUCCUUUGUCUUACCAUUUAGCAUUGAUACAUGCAGUUAGUAUAGUGGUUAAAUGUAAAAUUGGAUGCUGGCCAUUCCAGAGUAGAGUCUCCUCGUGAUUCCAUAGGUACAAGCUAACUACUUACUGUGCAGUUAACCCUGUUUCAGUGCCAGUGUGUUUUGCUUAUAUGUUACUUUAAUAAACCUGUGAUAGUUAAUUACCUCUAGAUUACAAAAAGAAAAAGCAUAGAAAAGUAAUCUCCCUCGAAACAAAACCUCUGCCUUUGUAGAACACAAAGUUUUAAUGUUUUAAGUUCUAAGCAACUUAGAAACUAAUACAUAACUGAGAAUCACAACAUUGAUAAACAAAAUGAUAAUAGGAUUGAUCAGUUUUAGAUCUUAAACAUGAUGUGCAUUUAAGCAAUGUUUGAACCAAAAAGUGCCCAGAGUUUUUCUUAGCCAUUUUACUUAUUAGACUUAACUAUAUUUCUAAAUUUAAAGUGAUCAUUAGUAAAACAGAUUUAUUUACUACCAGUGCUGCUUUUUCAGAAGUGACUGAAUAGUGGUUCUAAGACAAUCACUGUUGUAAUGAAUAUUUUCCCCAAGGUUUAAAGGAAAUGCUGAUUUAUAUACCUAAAUGGUGAUGUAUUUGAAAUCUAGCUUUAUAGUAUUAUUUCCUACUCUAGUCCCAAAAGUUCAAAGUGCUAGAAAUAAAGUAUUAGCUGGAAAAACCAAUUUUAAAUAUAGUUAUGCAAUAUCUACCUCCAGUGUAAAUUUAAUAUGUUUCCUUCUUUCAAGGUCAGAGAAGAAACAUUGUUAUGAGCUUAAGUUGCACUUUAUUUGUGCAUAUAUAGAGAUAAAUGUAUGUGUAUACACACAUAUACAGUGUCUUUUUUACUAAACUUUUUCUUGAGGGAGUGGGAAUGAUGCUGUCCUUUGGUUACAGAUUAUAACCAGUACAAACAAACAAAAAACUGGCCUUUACCAGGGUCCUCCCUCAUGCCCACCCAACCCCCAAAAAAGAUCUGAAGAAUACGGUUGUUUGCUUUUUGUUUUUUAUUUUAAAAAGUAAUUUUGUGAUCUAGAGUAAAUGGAAACUUCCUUAUUGAGCUAUAGAAUGAAUCUUUAGAAGUGUAUUAGUGAAAGAAUCUUAUAAACGUGUUACUUCAUAAAACAUUAACACUAUAGACAUGUUCUAGUGAAAAAAAAACUGAUUUCCCUCUGCUUUGUCACGUGUGGCUUGGCUAAGGUUCUGCAGUUUUCCUUCUCUAUAAAUAAAACAGUAGAAAAAAAAAAACAAACAAAAAUCUACCUUUGUUCUUUUUUCAAACAGCUUUUAUAGCCACCAUGCAGAACUUUUGUCUGGUUUGUACUUCUGGUACUAUUUUAGUAGCCUGUAUCGUUAAUAAAUGGAACCCCAGAAAAAGAGGGAGACUUAACUAUUAAUAAGGUUUUCGUUUGUCUUCAAAAUUUGUACAGAAGAUAAAAAAAAAAAAAUGUUUAUUUGUUGAGCUUUUUUCCUUUAGGGAUGUUGGAAUUGCUGCCACUACUAGACCUAGAACUAUCACUUCUUGCCGGAGGUCCUGGGAAUCUGAGCUCUAUCACUUUAGCUGUGGGUGGAGAGAUGGGAAUUGAGUCCUCCAGCGACCUGGAACAAGAAAGGAUUUUCUAUGAACUUAAUGCAAAAUGUACUUCAAAAAGACCUUUCUAUUGGCAAAAAGAAAUAUUUUUUUAAUUCCAUAAGAAAUUAAAGAACUAGGAAAGCUAUUAGUGUUAAUAAAAUUUUAAAAUAUGACCAAUUCUUUCAAAAAAAAGAAAUGAACAUAGUUUAAGUAAAUUGUUAAUUGUUUCUGUGAGAAAAAUAUUUUCAUCAGUUUCAUAGAAUUGGAAACAAUAGUUAAUAAAGUAGAAACAAAAGGAGUGGGUGCUCGAAAAAGUGAUUAAAAUGAUAGCUUUAAGUCAUUUAUGCUGAAGAGGAGAAGGGUUGGCAGGAACCAUUGUGAGAUUGUUAGACAAUAGCCAUUUGCUUCUGAAAUGGUAUGGUUUAUCAAAAGUACAGAAAAAUUUAAUACAUAAUAAACAUUACGUAGUUUAAUAUAUUUAUGUAGAAAAAAGGUUUUUAAGCUAAAAACACUGUCUUUAGGGAUCUCUUUUUUAAUGAAACAGUUACACAGACUAAUAAAAACUAGUACAUAACUUUCAACUAUAGAAGAUUAGAAAUCUUAAAAUCAGGUUUAUUAUUAAUAAAUCUAUCAACAAAGACAGAAUAUCCAUGACUUAUUCCUGGUAGAUUUUGGUUUGCAUUAAGCUAAGUAAGAUGCCGUAAAUAAACAUCUCUAAUUAGAAAAUCCAUUGUGCCUCUAACUUUACUCUUACAGUUUAAAAAGACUUAAAUUUUCCUAGAGUAAGAGUUUGCCCAAAAUGUUUGCUAUAUCACCCCGGUUUUCACCCAAUCUUGUUCCCACAGUGAAUGUGUCAUAAUAGAAAUAUUGGCAGCUGCAGGUGGCUUGCAGUACUGUUAUCUGUGUAGUGCGAUUGCUGAAGGUGAGUGACGGGUGGGUAGGUAGCGUGCUGGCCAGUAGCAGCUGUGAGCUUGAGGACCAGUUCCCCCUUACCUGAUUGAGGAAAGUGAGGACUGGGAAGACGAUCUUGAGCUUGGGCCUUUUGCUGUAGGUAGUUCUAACCCAUUCUGAAAGAAUAUUUCAGCCAUUAGUCCCAUGCACUUUAGAAGAAAGUUGAUACACAGAUUUACUAUAUUAGUACCUGCUGAAAAUAUGUUUGAAAGAUGACAUGAAUUUCUGCAUUUUCCAUGGCAUUAACUAGCAUUUGGUCAAUGUCCUUGUGAAACUGUAUGAUUUCACGGAGCUGAAUGUCUUGUUCUUCUAGAGUUUCAUCAUUUGUUUGUCUCAAAAUGCGGAUUUCUCUUCUGAGUCUUCCACACUGUUAGUAAAUAAGCCAAGUAUUACAUAAAACUACUUUCCAUGACUUAAGAAAAGUGGGGUCUGAGUCCAUUUGGUACUUGAAAGGUGUGAGUAUUAGGGUCAGCUUUGAGAGGUCGUCAGCACCUGCUUAGUUACUCGCUGUAUUUUCGGCUUCUGCUCUUCAGUCUCCUUACGAAGUUGAAAUGAGAGGGUUUGCUUCUCUGAUAAUUUCUCUCUGGCAUUAUUUGCUAAGUGUUCUAUAACUUCAAAAGUAUUCUCCAUGCUCUGUAGAAAAUAGUGUCAACACACUCAUGGUCAGAAUUAAAAAAUGACUCAUUGCUUGCCAUUUGCCAGCUGUUUGCUCAAUUUGAAUAUUUGGUCUUCUUAUUCAUAUACUAUAUUUACUGUAUUAGUGGCUAAGGAAUACAGAGGUCCUGUGAAUUAGUUGUGAAUAUCAUUCUCCUGGGAACUUUUUAUAGCACUUGGAGAAAUAGAAACAAUUACUUGAAAUUAUCCAUAUUUUAAAGAUUCAUAAUUUGUUAUCAGUUUGUUCCCUUAGCUAGGCUCUACUUACCAAAGCACAUUCUUCUACCUUUCAGUGGUUUGCUUUAGUGGCUACUUUCACUAGAUUUUCUGUUUUAAACUUUGUUUUUAAAAACUGAAUGUGAUCUUUAAGGAAUUCAGUGAGGUCACUAAAAUAACUAGUGGAUGUCGUUAAUUGUCUAGCUGUGGUUCGUAACUAAUAAAAUUAUUACCUCCCAGCCAUAGAAUAUUAACUGAUUUGCUUUACAUUUUUCUUUGCUUGUUUUUCUGUAAAUGAGGUUGUGUUUCUCAUGGCCUACUUCUCUAAAGAUGCUUUUUGUACAAGAUUAAGUAGUAAUAAUGGUAGUUGACCUUUAUUUAGGGUUUACUACUAAAAAGUCUGUAGAAAUCACCUGGAUAUCUUCUUGAAGUUCUCUGAUUUGUCUUUGUUUGCAUCUGUAUUUCUCAUCUGCGCUUCUUUUUUGUUCUUCUAGUUGAAUUUUUAUUCCGUACUCAUCACCUACAAGAGAAUUUUAAUUUCCAAUGUAGUAUAUGGAAAGCUACCUGAAAGUAAUGACAAGUAAAGCUCUAACAUGUUACAUGUCUUAGAGCCUCAUGAGAAACACAGUAUAGACAUGUAGGAGCCAUUUCUUAGUAUAUAGCACCAGUGUAUAUUUCCCAGAUUCAAAGCAAAUUCCCCGAAGGGAUAUGCUGUAGUCCAACAGAACUAAUAAUGUAAAUAACAUUUCAUAGUGAUUAAAGAGGAAAGAGCAUAAUAUUUCUUCAGGCCCAAUCAUAGCACACUUUUAUUCUCCCAAGAAUCAACGUUUCUCCUCUACAUUUAUUUAACUGUAGUCGUCAUCAUAUUUGUUAGAAUGGCUGCUACGUACUUGACGGCGUCACUUUUUUGAAAGAUUGCUUGUAAUUGUUGUUGCAGCUGCUCAGAACUUGCAAGGUGUUCUGCAGAGCAUAGAUUUCUUUUUCAGCUUUGCUGAUCUUAGCGUCCAAGCUGUCACCUUCCCUUUGAAGUUCUUCUUUUUCUUGAGCAGCCUAAAUACAGAACAGAGCUAAAUAAUUUAUCAUAGGGCAUACUGCCUAAAGCAGAGAAUAACUAAUUCACAGCAGUCUCUGCUUACCUUAGGGCCUUCACAUGCUUCCCAGGCAUUUACUUCUUAUACUCUUUUUUUUCAUACACAAGACCAAACAAAUUCUUAGGCUUUAAAAUUACAGCACAUAUAUAGGAUACAAAACCAUGGUGGAAGUGUAGCUAACAUAAAACAUACCAGGAGGAAGGUGUGUUGGGGGAGGAGGGGUUGGAGGCGAAUUGAAGGGAGCUAAGCAGCUACCAGAUCUCUGGAAGAUAGAUGGGGUGACUCAAACGAUCUUGAACUCUAAGAAUGUUUGGGUCUGAGAGAGGUUUGAGAACCCAAUUCUUACUUGAUUCAGAAAAGGAUAAAAAGUAACCAGAGUAUAUCAAGCAAGGAAAGCAGUGUGAGUCUGUUUUCUAAUAUAUUUUAUCACAAUUUAAAAGAGAACCUUUGGGCUGGAGAGAUGGCUCAGCAGUUAAGAAUAUUUGAUGCUCCUCCAGAGAACCAAGUCUGGUUCCCAAUUCCCACAUCAGGUAGCUUACAUCCACCCUUAACUCCAGUUCCAAGAGCUCUGACAUCUCUGACCUUGGGCAUCUGCACUCAUGUGUAGACACACAGGUAAGGAAAAAAUAAUAAUUUUGAAGAUAACUGUACAAAUGAUGGUAGUACUUGUAAUAAAUGUACUAGAAAACAUGAAGUCCUUUAAAUUGCUUAAAUAUCAAAAUUUCCUAUACGAUGAGCUUACCAAAGUAAGAUUUUACUGUUUCAAAACAAGUUUCACAUACUUUUGUAACAAAUAUUCCUCUGUUACCUGUUAUUGUGACAAAACACUUGACAUAAAGAAGUAAGCCUGCAUUUUUACCCAAUAUCAGGCUUCUAUCUCAUCACUUGUUCCUGUUUCUGGGCUCUAAAAAGCCUUAGCUGCUAGCCAGGAAGCAAAGAAGGGACAAGAUAAGUCUUCCCAAGGAAUGCCUCCAAUUUCCUCUAACUAGGCCCCAGCAUCUCGCAAUAAUACAAUUAAAUAUCAGUGGAUGAAUUCACUGAUGAGAUUCGUAUCCUCGGGAGCCAGUUAUUUCCCCCUAAAAAAAUCUUAUCAGCUGACAACUGAACCUUUAACACAUUUAUAUAAUAAACCCACAAAGAAAUGAUACAUGAAAUGUGAUUACCCCUAAUUUAAAUGUAUACAUCUAUGGAAAUAGCAAUAGCAUAGAAAUACAUGUAAUUUGUAUGUCAAUUAUAGCUAAAACAAAAUAAAAAUCAGAUCUGCUGCUAUUUCUAUUGAAUAAAAUAGUGUGGGAGCAGACUGGGAUGAGUGAAACAGAUUGUGACAGUUAAGUAACUUCAAUGAAUGUCACUCCUCAGUUCAUUCUUAAUUUGUUCAUCUGUAUAAAUUUCUGACUUAAUUGUAGGUGUGCCUUUAAGUUCUAAAAUGAUCGUUCCCUCUGUUGGUAAAAAAAAGAUUACAUAUAUAGUACAUUUAUAUUUAUAGUACAGAUGUAUAUAUACACAUAUAUGUAUGCUUAUAGUACAUUUUAUAAAGAUAUAUUUAGUACAUUUUAUUUGGAGUUGGGAAAAUUGGGAUUUUGAAAUAGUUACAACUUUUUAAUAUCUCACAGCUUUUUAAAAUACCUUUAUUGGGCAGUAUCACUCAAAUUUGGUCAGAAUAAGGCUGUAGGCUUAUAAAGACUUAAGUGUCUUGGGAAUGAAAUGUGAAGAAUACUAGCUGUUAUUCCACUUUUACUUUUAAGCAGAAUCACACACUAAAGCUGAACCAUGGAAAACACCCUGGUAUGUUGGACACGUAAGCCAAAGGCUAUUGCAGGACCAACACCAGGAGUUACUGUGGCCAUAAAAGAGGUGUGCUGAGGUCCUAACAUCUAGUAAGGUGGUGUAACCACAUUCAGAAGCCAGGUCUUUGCAGAUGUCAAGAUGAUGUCACUGGUGGGCCUCAGUACAUCUUUACAAAAAAAGGACACUACUGUUUGCCGCUUCUAACCAUGGAUAAUUUCUGUUAAAAUCUAGACUUAGUGACAGAGAAAUAACCUGGUUUGGAUAUUUGAGAUGUGAAGUGUGAAUAUAUAUUUUAGUGUAUAUUGAAUGAAUAAAUAUGUCUCAUACAAUCAGAUUUGUAGCAGGUAAAUGUUACCUUUAUUACAUAAUAGGACUGUGUUUUCUCCUCUUCUCCCUCAGGAGGCAGCAUGACAACAGUAAGAAUUUCAUAUCUGUUCUUAAGCUUAUCAAUUUUACUUAGCCGCUCAUGAAAUUCAGAACUAAUGUGAAAAGAAAUUAAAAAUUAGUAGGUGUUUUUAUUGAAGACCUUUGGACUCAUAUUAUUAUUGUACUCAAACAGAUUAAAGUGCUCUCCUGUUUUAAUGAUCCUGUGUGUGGAUCUCAGAGUUUACCCUACUUGAACAAGCUAGCUUGUCAUAGUUCCAGAGAUUCUAACAGAAGACAUGAGAGACUAUUAUAACAGAGAUGAAGGAUGUUACCAUUCCUGACACAGGAGAAGAUACAAGCUUCCUGUCUACAUGGCUUGCUCCACGUCUCACGAGAGCAAGAAGGGGAUUAGGUAGAUACUUCACAAACAGUAGGUCUAUGUUACAAUUAAGAAACCCCAAAUAUUUUCAAGUGGUAAAUAAGCAGAUAUACCUAACUUUUGCUUUAGAGGGAACUAUGACCUCUGCCUUUCUAUUCAAACAGUACAAUGGGAGUUAGUACAUCUCUUUACAAGACAUUAAAAUAAAAUUCAUAGAGGAUUUACCAACA